CUAUUAUUAUUAGUCGAAGGAUGAUGGAGAGUUUGCACUGGAGUUUAUCGGGCGUGAUAACGUUUGGCCAAAUCUUCGCACUAUUUCCUAUCACCGGCAUCUACAAAUGCAAUCCCUGCGAUUUGGAGUUUUCUUGGACGAAUUGGAAGACCAUAUACAGUUUAAUCGCUGUCUUAGGAAAUUUGUUCAUCAUUUUCACCGUCUUCUACGAGAUGGUCCGUAUCGGAACAGAUCUUUACAUAGCCAGCGUUUUCGUUUUUCAUUUCUGCAAGAUUUGCAUAACCCUAUCGUUUCUGUACCUUGCCAAACAUUGGCCUAGGCUGAUGCGCGAAUGGAUGGCCAUCGAGAGGCAUUUCAAAACGUACGGAAGCAUAAAGAUCACCAAUAAGAUACGAAUCCUUUCGAUCACGCUGCUUACCUUUACAACAGCUCAAUACAUCGUUUUCCAAAUCACCAGAUUUACAGUUUCUGAACGUUGCGCCGAGCACGAUACAAUCAAACAUUUCUAUACAAUUGUUAUGUUUCCUUAUGUUUUCGAAGUCUUCAGCUAUUCCAUCUGGAUCGCCGUUUUCCUGCAGAUCAUCGACGUGUUCUCCGCCAUUGCCUGGAGCUACGUCGACUUAAUCAUCAUGAUCCUCAGUUCAGCACUGGCUUUAAGAUUCAAACAGAUCACGGACAAGUUGGAAGUCAUGGCCGAAUCUAAAAUAAUUUACGAGAGAUCAUGGAAAAUACUUCGCGAAGAUUACAACAAGCUUUGCAGACUGUGCAAGUGCCUGGACAACGCCAUAUCCUACGUAGUUUUGAUGUCCUUCGGCAGCAAUCUGUUCUUCAUACUGAUCCAACUUUUCAACAGCUUACGACCGAUGAAGACCAACCUCGAUAAGUUCUACUUUUUCUUCUCCUUUGGCUUCCUCAUCAUGCGAACCAUCUUUGUGUCCAUCUACGCCGCUUCGGUCAACGACGAGAGCAAAAAACCGAUCUCUAUCCUAAGCUCAGUGCCAUCUCAUGUUUACAACUUGGAAAUUCGCAGAUUCAUCCAGCAGAUCAGCUUCAAUUCUAUCGCGAUAACUGGACGGAAUUUUUUCAGCGUGACGCGAGGUCUUAUUCUAAGCAUAGCCGGUGCGAUUGUGACUUACGAAUUGGUUCUGAUUCAGUUCAACGAGCAGUUGCUGAGGGCGGAAGCGGAGAAUCCGACGGACAUUUUUAAGAAGUGGCAAAUGCUUGUAAGCAAAGGCACCCAGUCGAGGGCGAGCAACAUCCAACAAUCCCUGAGAGGGGUGUUGAUCGUAGCCAACAUAUUCUCCUUGAUUCCCAUUAGCGGCGUCAUUCGAAACACCAAUCUACGUUUCAGAUGUCUAUCUGCAAAAGUACUUUACAGCCUCUCCAAUAUCCUAAUCACAUCCUUCAUACUAUCCGUCGCCUUUUACCAUUCAAUUACGUACGACACAGAUUUUCCUCAAAUUGUGGAAGACAUAUUUUACGUGAGUUCAAUCGUCACUUCGAUCCUCUUUCUGCAUCUAGCCAGAAACUGGCCCAAGCUAAUAACAAAAUGGAGCAGAGUCGAUGCCUCGAUGGCCUACAAGUACGGAUUCCUAAAAAAUCUGGACUUGCGUAUCAAACUAACAAUGAUAACAUUCUUAACGUUAGCCACAGUACCCGUUAAUAUCGAUAGCAACAAACCCAAAAAAGAGAUAAUGGAUCUCGAGAUAUACAAGAGGAUUUUCUCAGGAAUCCGGAAACGCACUCGCGUCAGCUUAAUGAUUCACGAGAAUACCACAGAGAAUUUACAAAUCAGCUUUCGGUGGAUUCUGCUCUUAUCGCAAUUCUUCGGCAUUUUACCUUUCCAAGGUGUAAUGAGAUCUAGCGGAGAUAAUCUGAGCUUCAAGUUGGCAUCAUUCAAGGUGUUUUUUUCCUGCACGAUUUUUGCAAUGCACAUUUUCAUGGCCACGAUGAGCGUAUUCGAUAUGAUCAACGAUGGCAUCGAUUUCAGAAGUUUGAAUGUGACGAUGAUAUAUGUCCCCGGUUUGCUCAUUCAUCUGAUGUUCUUCAAGUUAGCGCUCAGGUGGCCUUCCUUGAUGAAGGCUUGGUGUGAACUUGAAACUUCCAUGCGCAAAUACGGAUACCCCAAACGUUUAUCCAGAACGAUUAACAUCCAGAUCGUUUUCAUCGUCCUGGCCAGCCUAAUUGAAUAUUCCUUCUCUGUUUGGAGUUCAUUUUACGCCAUUUGCGAGACGUUGGAGAAGGGUCAGAGUCCAUUGAAGGAGAUGACCGAAACCAUGUACAGCUUCGUUCUGCAGUAUACGGGAUACAGCACGACCUUCGCAGUGUUUCUCCUGGCCGCCAAUUUUGUCUGCAUGUUCAUCUGGAAUUUCAUGGAUCUGUUCAUAAUGAUACUGAGCGGUGCACUCUCGGAAAGGUAUAGUCAGAUCACCAGGCGUAUCAAAAUCGCCACAGAUUGGAAUACUGGCCAAGAAGUAUUUUGGAAAAGCAUUAGAGAGGACUACAACGAGGUGACAAAACUUUUCAGAAAGCUCGAGUCCUGCAUUUCCAGCAUCGUGCUCCUAAGUUUCUCAAUUAAUCUCUACUACAUUUUAGUGCAACUAUUCCAAAGCCUUCACCAGAAGCACAAUGGAGUUGAAAGUCUGUACUUCUUUCUAUCGUUUGGAUUGCUGCUCUUGAGAACGGUUGCUGUAGCGUUGUUUGCGGCUAAAGUAAACGAAGAAAGCAAGCAGCCUCUGCAAUAUUUGACGCUAGUGCCAUCGGAAAUUUACUCAGUCGAAGUGGAAAGGUUAAUGAUACAGAUAUGCCACGAUCCUAUUGCUCUCACCGGAUACAGGCUGUUCUAUAUAACCAGAGGACUGAUUUUUACUAUUGCCGGCACUAUAGUCACCUACGAGCUCUUCUUGUUUCAAUUCAAUAUAAGCGCUACUUUCUACAAAUAA